GAGACACACCUCCAGCUCCAGCUGACGGAGCCGAGGUGGAGGACCAAGGACAGGCCGACCGGAGAGGCUCCUCCGCCCGCUGCGGUGCGCGCAAACUCCCGGUGCGGUAGACCCACGGAUCCCCUCGUGUCCAGAUGUGUCUCCGCCCAGCUGUGCUCGUCACGUUCACCCAGCGAUCAGGAGCUGCCCACUGAGACCACAUCAUGUCCAGCUCUCAGAGGGACAACGGCUCCGCAGAGGCCAAGAAAUCCGACCUGCGGGAGAAGAAAUGCUCUUGGGCCUCCUACAUGACAAACUCCCCGACGGUGAUCGUCAUGAUCGGCCUGCCUGCGAGAGGGAAGACGUACAUGUCAAAGAAACUCACACGGUACCUCAACUGGAUCGGAGUCCCAACCAAAGUGUUUAACUUGGGCGUGUACCGCAGGGAGGCCGUCAGAGCGUACAAGUCCUACGACUUCUUCCGCCACGACAACGAGGCAGCCAUGAAAAUAAGGAAACAGUGUGCUCUGGUAGCUCUGCAGGAUGUGGGGGCUUACCUGACGGAGGAGGGAGGUCAGAUCGCGGUUUUUGAUGCAACAAACACAACAAGAGAACGUAGAGACCUCAUUCAAGCCUUCGUGAAGGAGAAUGCAUUCAAGGUGUUCUUCGUGGAGUCGGUGUGCGACGACCCUGAGGUGAUAGCUGCUAAUAUUCUGGAAGUGAAGGUGUCCAGUCCCGACUACCCUGAGAGACACAGAGAGAGAGUAAUGGACGACUUCCUCAAACGCAUCGAGUGCUACAAGGUCACUUAUCAACCGUUAGAUCCUGACAACUACGACAAGGACCUGUCGUUUAUCAAGGUGAUAAACGUGGGCCGGCGUUUCCUGGUGAACCGGGUGCAGGACUACAUCCAGAGCAAGAUCGUGUACUACCUCAUGAACAUCCACGUGCACUCUCACUCCAUCUACCUGUGCCGCCACGGAGAGAGCAACCACAACGUCGAGGGCCGCAUCGGGGGAGACUCCGAGCUUUCUCCUCGAGGGAAACAGUUCUCCCACGCCCUGCGAGAAUUCAUCGAGGAGCACCAACUGUCGGAUUUGAAGGUUUGGACGAGUCAACUGAGAAGAACCAUCCAGACGGCGGAGGAGCUCGGGGUUCCUUAUGAACAGUGGAAGAUUCUCAACGAGAUCGACGCUGGUGUGUGUGAGGAGAUGACCUAUGAGAUGAUCCAGAACACUUUCCCAGAGGAGUUUGCUUUGAGAGACCAGGACAAGUAUCACUAUCGCUACCAAGGAGGAGAGUCCUACCAGGAUCUCGUUCAGCGACUGGAGCCGGUCAUCAUGGAGCUGGAGAGACAGGGCAACGUGCUGGUCGUCUGCCACCAGGCCGUGAUGCGAUGUUUGCUGGCGUACUUCCUGGACAAAAGUGCAGAAGAUCUGCCGUACAUGAAGUGUCCGCUCCACACUGUGCUCAAACUCACACCUGUGGCAUAUGGUUGCAAAGUGGAACUGUUUUAUCUUAACGUGGAGGCAGUGAACACACAUCGAGACCGGCCUCUUCAUUUCAUCUCCUACCAGGAUAAAGUCCAGAGGGACUCUGCUCUCAUACCUCGGCGGAAUAGUUACACUCCCUUGUCCAGUCACGACCAGGUCAAGCGUCCCAGGCUCUACAGUGCGGGCAACCCGCCCUGGCUACCACUUGCCCCCACGCCAUCAGCUCUGAUGCCAGAGGGACGGCAAAGCCAACCCCGAAUAGGAGGCAGAUGUCUGAGUCCCUGUGCGAAGGAAUCGACUUUGACAGCCCCGAGGAAACUGGUGGCUGUGUCCGCUUCUGAGUGAAGAUGACAAGUUUCUCCACGGUGCAAAUUAAGUUUUGGGUUCAAUCUUGAAUCAGAAGAUGGAAAGAAGUAUUUUUAAACUACAGUUUUUGGAAAUCGUGGUCAGAGGAGGAUGAAGUCAAAGAGGAGUUUGUGUUUAAAAAACGAGUUCACUUGGACACGAGGUCAUUUUAGUUUCUUUAUAUCUGCAGUUUCUGUCUUUGUCUUUACUCUGCAUGCUGAGGCUUUGACCUGGAGGCCUUAUCAUUAGUAUCAUAAACUCUUCUGCAUGUGCACUACAAGAAAUCAAUCAACAAAACAACACAACACAAUGUUUAACACAACUGGCAACUAAUCCGUAUUGUACUGUAAAUAGUAUAAAGCCUUACUGAUCAUUAGAUACACUGAGUAUCAGCUAUUCUAUUCUUCUCAAUACAAGCACAUUAUUAUGAUAAAAAUCAAUUUCUACAUUCGCAAACAGAUCAUGUUAUAAAGUAGAUGCUGUAAAAACUUUUUAUAAUAUAAAUCCGCUCAUCUUAUAGACAAACAUUUGCACUUGUGAUUCUUAUCUGAAGCCAUCAUGUGUUGUCUCGUCUUAUAGAUUUGAGAAAUUGUGCUGAACAGGGUUCUGAAGGAAGAUUAAAAUGCUGUAUAAACAUGUAUCCCUCUGUUAUAGAAGCAUUGUUAGAAAAUACUUCACAGUACUUGACAUAUUGUCCAGGCAGUAGGUAACAGAUUGAACUUUCUGUCUCAAGCUGCUGUUCACAAUGUUUUUAUGUGUCUCAAUCAGCUCUAAAUGAUACAUAUUCAAUCAUUAUGUGUUCUUUGAAGGGAUUUGUGCAACAGAAGUUUAACACACUAAAGGUGUGAUUGCUAAUUUGUUGAGAUACUUUUGUUCAUGUUAUCAAACAAAGAAUUUGCUUUAUUUGCUUCUUGCAAACGUUUAUUUUCUUCUUAACUUUUCCUUAACAUAAGCCUUUUUAUUUACUAAUGCAAAGUCUCAUUGGAUGACUGUGUAAUAUUUGAUCAUUGAUAAGUUAUUGCCGUGCUCCAAUCAGCCUCCUUGUGCCUUUUUAGCCGACAAUAAAAUUGAGUUUCGAUGA